GUUCGUUUCCCUUCCAUAUCUCGCUUUCGAGUUUCGCCACGCUGCGGUCACAACACUCCACGUUAUCGUCAAUACAUAGCGCGGUUGCAACGUAAACAGUGUUCUCAGCGUACAUUUGUUAUUAAAACUACAAUUAUCAUUGAAUUGCAACGAUCGCGAGGUCGAUUGUAGUUAAAAUGAGCAAGAUACGCUCCGGUGUGAAGUAAAGACGCGAGAAGGUAUUUUCGCAUCGUAUACAUUUAGACCGAGGGCCAGAGACUGCACAAAACUGUAUAACUUCUGUGUAAUAUACCCCGUGCGAUGCUGGGGUCGUGUUGUGGUUAAAAAGUUGACAUUGUACGUAUAUUGGGACUUAUUGCGAAUGUGUAUUGAAACGUUCAUCGCUAUCCACGGGCGCACUGCUAUGCGCCACGAUUUAGUACAUUUUAUAAGGCACACAUCAUCUGACCACUAUUGCGAAGGAACGCUUUAGCUUUUGAGGCAGAUCGCUAUUGAUGGCGUUGAUGAGCAUACAGCGCGAUUGGUACAUAUAUUUUUGGUUAAUAUACUGCAAAAUCUAUUCAACCAUUGUAAGGUUGUUCGGCAAUCACUGCCGCGGGUCUGAUAAGGUGCGUUCAGUGAUAACUGCUGGAGUUAGCGGCCAGUCGGCUGGAAGCCUUCACAGAGUGCGCACGCGUCGUAGGAAGCAAUCGCAGCACCGCGCCAAACACAUCGUAGCUUUGGUCAGGAGAUCCUCGCUGAGAAGAAUAGUCAUGGCACCAGGAGCAAGCACAGCCCACGCUAUGAUGGAGGACAAAGAGAAAGUUUUGGCGACCGCAACAAUGCGUUCACGUCGCAUCAAUCAGUUCGCGCCGCUGCUCAUCGCUCUGGUGGGAUUACCAGCCAGGGGAAAGAGUCAGCUGGCGCACCGCCUAGCCAGGCAUUUGAACUGGAAUGGAGAGAGCACUAAAGUGUUCGACUGCAGCGAGUACCGUCGCCGGCACAUGGCAUUGUACGGCAGUCAUGAUAUCUUCCGCGCGGACAACCAGCAGGGCUCUGCUAUCAGACGGCAGAGCGCCCGCGAGGCCGUGCAAGAUGCUAUGCUGUGGCUCAAAGACGGAAACAGCGUUGCGAUAUUCGAUGGCACCAACAUAACUCGCGAACAGAGGCGAGAGCUGAGCGACUACUGCUUGAACGACAUGGGCUUCAGGAUUCUCUUCAUCGAGUGCGUGUGCGAGGAUCAGGAGUUGUUGGAACGGAACAUUAUCGAGAUCCUGCACUACUCCGCUGAUUACAAGAACAUGAGCGAAGAGGAAGCGGUAGACGAUUUGAGGAAGAAGUUGGAACACUACAUGAGGCAGUACGAGCCAAUCGACGCUGGACUAGAGACUAUAAGUUUCGUGCGCGUCGAGAACAUGGGAGAAACUGUGACGGCUCAUAAAGUCGCUGGACAGAAGGAGUCCGGGAUCCUCGGCUACUUGUCCGGGAUGCGGUGCCUCCCGCAGACGUUGUAUUUCACUCGGCAUGGAGAGAGUGAGUACAACGUACUGGGCCGUAUCGGAGGCGACGCGGCCCUGUCUCCCCGUGGACAGCUAUACGCCCGAGCAUUAGCUGAUCAUUUCAACUCGCUGCCGGCGCGGGAGCCGUACACGGUGUGGACUUCUGAACUGCGGCGCACCAAGCAAACCGCUGCUGACAUCAGAGCUCCCAAACGAGCUGUGAGGGCGCUGAAUGAGUUGGAUGCUGGCAUCUGCGAAGGUCUAACCUACGAGGAGAUGCAGGAACGGUUCCCUCAGGAGUUCGCGUGGCGCGAUCAAGACAAGCUGCACUACCGGUACCCGUGGGGAGAGUCCUAUAUCGACAUCAUGACUCGCUUGCGGCCUGUCUUGUCGGCCUUGGAGGAUGAGCAUAAUGUCAUCGUGGUGGGCCAUCAGGCCGUGCUGAGGUGCAUGCUCGGAUACUUCUUGGAUGCUAAGCUUGAUGAGCUGCCGUACAUGAACGUGCCGCUCCACACAAUCGUGAAGCUGACGUCUUACGGUUACAAAUACAAAGUGGAGAUGACCAAGCUGCCCGUGGAGUGUGUGGACACGCACCGCAAACAGCCCAAGAACUGCUCCAUCAACCGUACGUCAGCCGAUGCUCUCACCACCGUCCCCUCGCACUACGACACUCUGCCGUCCAACCUCUGGCAGAACUCCGCCGAGGCACAACUUUAGGCCUCAACGACGGGCCUUUCGAGGUCUGUGGCCCCAACCAUACCAUAUCAGCAUUACUAGGGUUACCACCCUGAUAAUGGGAUCCUGACAAGUCCACGGUUGUGAAAAAUCGUGGAACACAACACGACGCUGCGCCAAGACGUUUCUGGAGAAGAAUCUCUGUGAGGCAAAACUUUGGUGUGAGUGUUAUAUGGAAGUGUUGUAACGCGUCGAGCGACAGCCCUAAUUUAGGUAUAGGUUAUUGCUUAAGUUACAAGCUGUAUUGAUCCGUUGAUUAGAAUAGCUCAAUAAUCGUACAAAAUAAUUUUAAUAUAUAGAAUACAAUUGCGUGCAAACCUUCCAAUGUUUUACUAAUAAGACUGAAACGGAAAUCGUGCAUCCAAUCACUGUCGAUGACUUUAAUAUCAUGAUUUGUGUUCUUAUAUAUAAGUUAGCAUUGAUAGCUCUCUUUAUCGAUUUAAUAAUAAGUUCACUAUCGUUCUUAUGUUUAGUAUUCUUUAGGUCCAAUAUAAUCUACGAGUAUGUUUUUAUUUUUAAGAUUAAACGCGUGUUAGUUCACUCGGUUAUUAGUCUUAAGAGUUAGUCUAUUAUUGUCUAUUAUAAUUGCUAUUGCAUACAAGUUGCUAUCUGCUAUUUGAAAUGUAAGUGACCACACGUACUAGAUUUCUUAGUAAAUUCCUAUGAUGUACUUAGGUCAAUGGUUAGGUUAAUGUAAGUAGGGUAAUAUAAUUAAAUGACAGUCAAUUAUUUGGCGUCAGUGUAACAGUCUAUUAGUAAAAUACGGUUGUAGAGAAAUGAUCAUUUCAACGUAGUGUAUGUAUUUUUCUAAUAAAUACUUAAUUAAU